UUUUUUUAAAGUGUUGAAAGAAAAUGGGAGAAAUGCUACUGCUAGUGCUAACUUUACUAGUGUCAUUUUCACACUGAAACCCAUUAUUUUUUUUCCAUCACUUUCCCUAGAGUUUUUUUAAGUACUCACCAAUAAAGAAAUACCCAGAAAGCCUACAUACCCAGAAGAUAUGUACAAGAACCAACUGCAAGAGUUGGCUCAAAGAAGUUGCUUUAAUCUGCCGUCUUAUUCAUGCAUCCGAGAAGGACCUGAUCAUGCUCCUCGGUUUAAAGCUACUGUCAAUUUUAAUGGAGAGACUUUCGAAAGCCCUACAUUUUGCUCUACUUUGAGACAAGCCGAACAUGCUGCAGCUGAAGUAGCUCUAAAUACGCUUGCCAACAGAGGCCCUUCCAAAGCAUUGGCUGCUAGAAUUUUGGAUGAAACUGGUGUCUAUAAGAAUUUGCUUCAAGAGACUGCUCAUAGAGCUGGUUUAAAUCUUCCAGUCUACACAACUAUUCGAUCUGGACCAGGCCAUGUUCCUACCUUUUCAUGCAUGGUUGAGCUCGGAGGGAUGAGCUUUACUGGGGAACCAGCUAGGACGAAGAAAAAAGCACAGAAGAAUGCGGCAAUGUCUGCAUGGUCUGCCUUGAGAAAGUUGUCUAGGUAUGGUUCAUCUUCAUCUUCACCACCUUCCUUGGAGUCUCGAGGAAGAGAAGAACAAGUGCAAACUGUCAUUGCUCGUUUUCUUUCAUCAUUACAACCAUCAGAAUCAAAGCAGUGUUUGCAAUAUGAUUGCCAGUAUGGAAAGUCUAGAUCAAUUCCUGUAUGUAUAGACCUAACCCAAUCAACCCCGAACCUAUACUCAAUGCAGAGUCAAAGUUGGCCUCACCGUUUCUCUCCUGAAAUAUCUGUUCCUAUAUACCAAAUAUGGCAGCAAGAACAUUUAAUGCAGCUGCAAAACCACCUGUUUACAUUCCCCGUUCCUCCAGUUCCUCUGCCAAGACCUCAGAUUCUUCCAUAUAUGCAGUCAAUUUUACAACCAGGUUGUCACCCGCCCUUUCAAGUUCGAGACCAAGAAUCUAAUGUUACUACACCCAGACUAGGAAUUGCUACCUCAUGCCCUCCUCUUUACCUCUGUAAUCCCUCCACUUCUCAACCAUUGAUGGGUAGAUCUACUGUGACCAUUCAAGAGAUACACGAGGAGAUAAAAGAAGAAGCAUCCAAAUACACUCCUUCUGAUGUCGUUCCCAGUCAAUCUAAUGUCGAAACGUCUGUUGAAGAAACGAAACAGGAUGUUCGCAAGCAGAAGUAUGUUAAGUUGGAAAGCAAAGUCGAAAACGAUCAUAGGAAAUCAGGUGCUGGUUCCCAACAUGCUGUUGAAUCUAAUCUUAGACCACACUGUUCUUCAAGAGCAAGUUACUAUAGAAAUUCUCGACCGCCAUCCUCCGAAGCAGUGCCUAUGCUGAUCAGAACAAUGAGCCCUGUUUCUUCCACGAGACUGAACACUCAAAAGCCGACAUUAACUCAAGUGCCUGUCCCACCAAGAAUGAGAACAGGAGCUCCACCAUUUUCAACCAGACCCAGGUUCGAAAGAACGAACCUUGGCGGUAUGCGUCCCACUUCCAUGGCACCACCAGUUAGAAUAAGAUCAGUUGUACCAGUGUGCUCGGCUCCACCACCACGAAAAACACCAAGUUUCAACCAGGACAAAGACAAGAAAGAUAAUGUUUCAGAGGAUGUUUCAACUGCAACUUCGGAACUCAAUAAGCUUAGCAUGUAGAGGGAGAGCUGUUUCAUCUUUUCUUGAAGUAGUUAGAAUAAAUAAAAUAGUUGCUUGCUAAAAUCUGUAUAAAACUGAAAAUUCAUAUUUUUAAUUUAAGAUUGGCUCUAAUUACUAUAAUAAUUAUUAUAAUAGUGAGGGUUAAAAUGUAAAUUUGUCACUACACUACCAAUGAAUAUUGAAAUUGGUCACUA